CAGGAAGAUAAGCAGAAUUUAACUGCACUUUAGGCCUUCACUCCUGAUGGACUGGAUUUUGUUGUGCCAGAGGUUUUUGACUCUUCACACAGUGAAAGAAGAAAAGAGCCAAUGGCUUCAGAAUCCAUGGUUCCAGAGCAGGCAAAAGAACAUCCGGUAAAGGGAAAAAGGCGGCAGCAGCAGCAGCCCAGGUCUUCCAGCAAUGAUGGUGAAGAUGACAGCUUUGUAUUUGAAGCAAAUGAGGCUUGGAAGGAUUUUCAUAGCUCUCUUCUUCACUUCUUUGAAGCUGGAGAGCUCUGUGAUGUUACACUGAAGGUUGGUUCAAAGCUUAUCUCCUGCCACAAACUGGUGCUGGCCUGUGUCAUCCCUUACUUUAGAGCCAUGUUUCUGUCAGAGAUGGCUGAAGCCAAGCAGACCUUGAUCGAGAUCAGGGACUUUGACGGCGACGCGAUCGAGGACCUGGUGAAGUUCGUGUACUCCUCCCGCCUCACCCUGACAGUGGACAAUGUCCAGCCUCUCCUGUAUGCUGCUUGCAUUCUCCAGGUGGAACUGGUGGCCAAGGCGUGCUGUGAAUACAUGAAGCUGCACUUCCAUCCCUCCAACUGCCUGGCAGUCAGGGCGUUUGCAGAGAGCCACAACCGCAUUGACCUGAUGGCCAUGGCUGACCAGUUUGCCUGCGAACACUUCGCCGAGGUGGUGGAGUGUGAGGACUUUGUCAGCGUGUCCCCCCAGCACCUCCAUAAGCUCCUGUCCUCUAGCGACCUGAAUAUCGAGAACGAAAAACAAGUUUACAACGCUGCCAUCAAGUGGCUGCUGGCCAACCCGCAGCAUCACGCCACGUGGCUGGAUGAAAUACUGGCACAGGUGCUGCUGCCUCUCUUGCCCAUUUGUUUCCUAAUGGGUGUUGUGGCCAAGGAAGAGAUUGUCAAGCAGAAUCUAAAAUGUAGGGAUUUGCUGGAUGAAGCAAGAAACUACCACCUUCACCUGAGCAGCAGGGCAGUGCCAGACUUUGAGUACUCCAUUCGCACAACACCAAGGAAGCAGACUGCUGGUGUGCUGUUCUGUGUGGGUGGCAGAGGUGGAUCUGGGGACCCGUUUCGCAGCAUUGAAUGUUACUCUGUCAGCAAGAACAACUGGUUCUUUGGCCCUGAAAUGAACAGCAGGAGAAGGCACGUGGGGGUGAUCUCUGUGGGAGGUAAAGUCUAUGCAGUAGGUGGACAUGAUGGAAAUGAACACUUGGGAAGCAUGGAAGUAUUUGAUCCUCUCACAAACAAGUGGAUGAUGAAGGCAUCAAUGAACACAAAGAGGAGAGGAAUUGCUCUGGCCUCCCUGGGUGGCCCCAUUUAUGCCAUUGGGGGGCUGGAUGACAACACCUGCUUCAGCGACGUGGAGCGAUACGACAUCGACUCUGACCGGUGGAGCACAGUGGCCCCCAUGAACACUCCCAGGGGAGGAGUUGGCUCUGUAGCCCUCCUGAGCCAUGUCUAUGCUGUGGGUGGCAAUGAUGGGGUAGCAUCUCUUUCCAGUGUGGAGAAAUAUAAUCCCCAUCUGGAUAAGUGGAUGGAAGUGAAGGAGAUGGGUCAGAGAAGAGCUGGCAAUGGGGUCAGUGAGCUCCAUGGCUGCUUGUACGUUGUGGGUGGCUUUGAUGACAACUCCCCCCUGAGCUCAGUGGAGAGGUUUGACCCCCGCAGUAACAAGUGGGAGUACGUGGCAGAGCUGACCACUCCCAGGGGUGGUGUGGGCAUAGCUACCCUGAUGGGGAAGAUCUUUGCAGUUGGAGGCCAUAAUGGCAAUGCCUACCUGAACACUGUGGAAGCCUUUGACCCCCUGGUGAAUAGGUGGGAGCUGGUGGGCUCCGUGUCGCACUGCAGGGCAGGGGCAGGAGUGGCUGUCUGCUCUUGUCUCAGCAGCCAGAUCCGGGAUGUGGGACAAGGACCCAGCAACGUUGUGGACUGCAUGUGA